UGCUGCGGACUUAUUUUCUCAUAAAUGUGGAUCCAAUGAAACACAAGUCGCAAGUAUCCGGUCUGAAGAACACAUUUAUGACUUCCUGUGUCUGCGCUUUAAUCGCCAGCUUUAAGUAGACUAUAUGGUCACAUAUUGCAUGCUGAAAACCGCUCUGCGCGUCAGAGGACUAUAGAGGAGGGUCUGCCUGCGCGCUCCCGUGCGUGCCCACCUCCUGUUCGCCAUCCGAUCCUACCCCGGUCUAUUCGCUGACUCAGUGCCUUAAGCAGCAUCGCCGUUCACCUGAACAGAGCUACAGCAUCCUCUGCGGAGAAAUACAUCAGCCAUGGCCAAAACAGCAACCGCAUAUAAAGAGAAGAUGAAGGAGCUGUCCGUCUUCUCCCUCAUCUGCUCCUGCUUCUACCCAGAGGCACGCAACAAGCUUGUGCGUGAGUUUGAAGACAUGGAGGUGAAAACUAUAAACAAGCGAGCUUCUGGCCAGGCCUUUGAGGUGAUCCUCAAGCCUCUGUCUCCAGUGUCAGAUGUGGCUCACAACCUCCCCUCACCCCCAAAGAGGGAUAUCUCCUUGGAGGACAUUGAGAAGAAACUUGAGGCUGCUGAAGACCGGAGGAAGUAUCAGGAGGCCCAGGUGCUGAGGGCUUUGGCAGAAAAACGAGACCAUGAGAGGGACGUGUUGCUAAAGGCCAUGGAAGAGAACAGCAACUUCAGCAAGAUGGCCGAGGAGAAGCUCCAGAUGAAGAUGGAGCAGAUCAAGGAGAACCGUGACGCCCAUCUGGCAGCCAUAAUGGAGCGUCUACAGGAGAGGGAGAGACAUGCAGCUGUGGUGCGCAAGAACAAAGAGAUGAGGGAAGAGCUGACAGCAUGAGCCUCGCACAAAUCCUGACUUCCAUGGUCCAUCAACGUCCCCCCUUCCUCGCCCCACCCUGACCCUCCUCAGACACCCAACAGACACCCAACCCUGAAGGCAGAGAGGUUCAAGGACCUCACCACCACAUCACAACACACCACACCCCUAGUACUCACCACUAUCAAUAUUAUCAGUGGAUACAAACAUCAUUACCACUCAUCUUGAGAGUUGAAUUCAUUUCUUGUUUUUAGAGCAAAUGUGAGAAUAUGGCUAUUAUUUUGUAAAUAUGUUUUUCUAUCUAUCUAUCUAUCUAUCUAUCUAUCUAUCUAUCUAU